AAUAGCCUUAGCUGUACGUGUUUGUUUUGGAAAAUUACGGUGGAAAUCUGAGAGAUUCUACGCACAAACAAGUUUGCAACCAUGGCAACACUGACUGAACCACAAAAAGAUGGAAAGCAGUCGAUCGUUGAUGACUUUAUGUAUGGUUCAAAUGUGGCUACUUCACAUGUUUACAUUCGUAUGGGUUUUCUGAGGAAAGUUUAUGGUAUUCUCACCGCACAGAUACUUGUCACUACUGUUGUUGCAGCACUCUUCAUGUUGAGUGAAGGAUUGGAAAAGUUUGUACAGACAAAUCAGUGGAUGCUGUUGGUGGCCUUUAUAGGAACGAUAGGUGUUCUGAUGGCCCUGAUGGUGAAGCGACAAGAAACUCCGACAAACUACAUCCUUCUUGGCAUAUUUACACUGUUUGAAGCAUACACAGUUGGAGUUGUGGUAACAUUCUACCAAGUACACAGUGUGAUUGAAGCCUUUGUCUUGACACUAGCAGUGACCACAGCUCUCACAGCAUACACAUUCCAGAGCAAACGUGACUUCAGUUCCUGGGGAGCAGGGUUGUUUGCUGCACUUUGGAUUCUCAUCCUUGCUGGACUUCUUCAGAUCCUUUUCCCGACUGUGAUGAUGGACAAGGCAAUUGCUGUGGGUGGUGCUCUUGUCUUCUCUCUAUUUAUUAUUUUCGAUACCCACAUGAUGAUGCACAAGCUGAGUGCAGAAGAGUAUAUUGUGGCAGCUGUCAAUCUUUACCUGGACAUCCUCAACCUUUUCCUCUACCUGCUCAGGCUGUUUGGAGAACGAAAAAACUAGUUAGUUAAAAUGUUGGCACCAAAAUUCUUCAAGAUCUUCCACUUCCCCCUCAUCCAUUUGUGAGGAACCAAAAAACAAUCAAAUUUUUUUAUUCAUGUUAACGUUGGAAGUUUGUGAAUAGCAUGAUACAUUUAUAUGAUAUUCAGAACAUUUUACAGAAAAUAAUAAUCCAGAAAACCUUCAAAAGUUUGUUUUAAUUAAGUAAGAAAUUUACAAGAUUCAAGACUAACAAUUUCGAUCUACAUGAGUUUUGAUUGAGUUGUUAUGCUUAACAUUAAUACAAAUCUAUCAGUCAGAAUUUUCAGGACUGAUCUGGCAAGUUGAAGCUUUUCAAAAACCAAAGCAUGAGAACUUUACAUUAUCUACUUUGAGUGUGGAACUUUUUCACUGUCUUACCAUGAUCAAGUCCAAGUGUGAGAAUAAUGUACAUAGCAGAUGCCAACGAUGUUACAUGUCUGAUGUACAGUUAUAAUCAGUAAACUAAGCCUGUCUUAAAAAUUUGUAAAGUACUAAAGCUGUCUAGUUACUGAUAGUUUAUUGUCCGUGCCAGUCAGAGAUAUUUGUUCGAAAACAACACAAAAUUCUUUUCUCAUCACAGCCUAGGUUGUAUCAUAUGGAAACCAUAAUGUUACCUGUGAAAUCAGGGUGUUUGUUUUACUGGUCACAGUCUAGGUAAUAUGCGACAGGGAAACCUGUUAUUUAUGAUAUCAGGCUGUUUUCUAGGUGGACAGAUUGUAUGGUGAUUUACCAAUAGAAACACUGUCAAUGAAAUUUUACUGUACACAUCUGUAUAGUCAUUAUUGUUCUCUCUGGAGGUUAACAUCUUAUGUGUUGUAGAUUAUUGAAAAUAAAUCUUAAUUGGUCUCACCUUCCCAAACAGAUGUAAAAUUGUUGUUUUUACCAUGUAUUCCAUUGUCCAGAGAUAUUAAACUGACAUCAUCCUUUCCCAUGUGUGUUAUUGUCAAAUGUUUUAUGACUAACAUAAUAAAUUUCGGUUAUGAAUAUGUAAUUAAUAUUUCUAAGUUGUGGCACAGCCUUAAUCCUAUAAUUGUUAGGCCUGUCUGAUGGAAGUGACAAUUUAUUGUUAAAGCAUUCAUUGGCAGCGGUGAUGGGGUCAUAGUCAUUGUGGGCAAACAUCCUACUCAUUCACAUAUACUGUUAGAUUUUAAACACUUAUUCAGUUUUAGGUAUAUGAGGCAUUGGUACUGAGGUUUUGACAUUUCAGUUCGAAGAUUUUGAAAUUUCAAAAAGAAAAGAUUAUUGGAUGCAUUCUCUUCCUGUUUGGUAUUUCCUUGAAUAGUCCAGAUGACAUUUUGGUUGUCCAACUUGUUAUUUUAAUCUUCAGAUUUUAAUAAGUAGAUGUAAAUAAAGUCAUUUUGCUUUAAUAAUCGACUUCAGUGGGUUCCUUUAUCAGUUGAUUUGAUGCUGUGAUAUAUCUUUCAGACUUUUGUGAAACGUAAAGUUAAGUUUUACUUACUGUCUUUAUCCCAGUAUGUACAGAACUUGUAAAUUUUGUCAACUUAGAUGUUAAGGAAUUUUUGUUCAAAUAAAAGCUGUUUUUGAUCCUUGAAUUAUUGAUCAGAGGUAAAAAAAAAUGAAAUAAACUCAAAAUCAUUUCUCAGUUUUAUAACACAUAGAGAUUUGAUUACUAGUUUACAGUCAUUUAUAUUGAUUUCAAACCUUAAAACAAUGUAGUAAUAGCUAUUGAUUAGGUUAAUAGCUGUAAAAUCCACUUGCAUAGCAUUGUGAUAAAGAAUUAUUGAAAUAGAUGGCAUAUUUAAUUAAUGAAUGAAUUCAUUCAACUUUGAAAACAUGUUGAAUACAAAUUUAACCAGAUACAAUCUUAUUUUUGAAGUGGUACUUUCUUGUCUGAUCAUUUAUGAUUCAGUUGUGUCAAGUGUUGAAGACCUUAUAGGUAGAUGACCGAGACCUAAUAUGUAGGUGUUGAACAUCUGGUAUGUAGGUGUUGGAGACCUGGUAUGUAGGUGUUGGAAAUCAGUUAUAUAGGUGUCAGACAUCUGGUAUAUAGGUGUUGGAGACCUGGUAUGUAGGUGUCAGACAUCUGUUAUAUAAGUGUUGGAGACCUGGUAUGUAGAUGUUGGAGACCUGGUAUGUAGGUGUUGGAGACCUGGUAUGUAGGUGUUGGAGACCUGGUAUGUAGGUGUCAGACAUCUGUUAUAUAAGUGUUGGACAUCUGGUAUGUAGGUGGUGGAGACCUGGUAUGUAGGUGUUGGACAUCUGGUAUAUAGGUGUUGGAGACCUGGUAUGUAGGUGUCAGACAUCUGUUAUAUAGGUGUCAGACAUCUGGUAUGUAGGUGUUGGAGACCUGGUAUGUAGGUGUUGGACAUCUGGUAUGUAGGUGUUGGAGACCUGGUAUGUAGGUGUUGGAGACCAGGUUUGUAGGUGUCAGACAUCUGUUAUAUAGGUGUUGGAGACCUGGUAUGUAGGUGUCGGAGUCCUGGUAUGUAGGUGUUGGAGACCUGGUUUAUAGGUGUCAGACGUCUGUUAUAUAGGUGUUGGAGACCUGGUAUGUAGGUGUCGGAGACCUGGUAUGUAGGUGUCGGAGACCUGGUAUGUAGGUGUCGGAGACCUGGUAUGUAGGUGUCGGACAUCUGGUAUGUAGGUGGUGGAGACCUGGUAUGUAGGUGUCGGAGUCCUGGUAUGUAGGUGUCGGAGACCUGGUAUGUAGGUGUCUGACAUCUGGUAUGUAGGUGGUGGAGACCUGGUAUGUAGGUGUCGGACAUCUGGUAUGUAGGUGUUGGAGACCUGGUUUGAAGGUGUCGGACAUCUGUUAUAUAGGUGUCGGAGCCGUGAUAUGUACAUGUUGUAGACCUAUAGAUUAUAGAUUUAUGUAGAUUUAUAUAGAUUUAUAUGGAUUUUUAUGGUGUUGUACACCUUGAUUGAAUCACACAAAGAUUGUUAAUACGUUACUUUCCUUUUUAUGUUUAUGUAUAGAAUUUUAUUUUAUUUGUGAAAUAAAUUUCAUUAUGGAAAUAAAGUAAAUGAAAAUGGGA